AUGACUACUUUGGAAGAAGUCGACAUUUGUAGCUGGGCAUCUGGGGUGGCAACUUCACUUGAUGCUUCGUCAGACUCUGAAACCCAAGCCACCCCAACCAAAAUCACUCAUAAACGCAAGAGAAUCGACGACUACUACGACUCUUCAAGACAACACUUACGUCGCCCUGGUCCUUCCAGCCAUAUAGCUCUUGCUGAACGCUCACCCAGCACAAUGAAUACGCCUUCAUCGCCGCAGACGCGAGAUGCCCAGCACACUCAGCCAGUCACCCCGCAAACAAACACAACGAAGUCUUCCUACAACCUUCGCUCUCGUCCUCCCACCUCUACAUCCUCUUCCUCCGAUGCCAAACAAACAGUCAACGAAGCCACUAUACGCACGAAUGCAGCAGGGCAAGGCAUGUACUUCGAAGAUGAAGCGGCGUUCCAAAAAUACUCAGACUUCGCAGCCAGCAUAGAGAAUAUGGUGUCUGGAUCCAGAGACUCGAUAAUGCGCGACGAGUCGAUCAAAACGUUUAAGGAUUACAGGGCGGCCAAUACCACCAAGAAUGAGAAGACGCUCUUUGGUAAUCUUGUCCCACUAAUAGUGAAACCGGCGAGGAGUGUUAAGACAGCCAAGCGCACAUUCGAGGACGAGCUUAAAUUCCAAGUUAAAACCUUCGAGUCGGACGGUCUAGACCAUCUAGAAGACCAACUCUUUGUCAAAAAUAUACUCCCUCUUCUCAACCCCGCAGACGCUACUCAGCAAGGUCUUACCACCGCGAAGCCUGAUUAUGUCUAUGGUCUCAAAUAUCCGCAAUUCCCAGAUCUGAGAAAACCGCGGCUGAGCGCCAACACGGAAGCUCUCAUCGGUAUCGCGCCGGGGCUAAGACACGCAUUUUGUUCGGCGGAUUUCAAGGGCUGUCAGCAUAGCAUUGAAGCCGCGGAGAACCAGUCCCAGCGGUCUGGAGCUACAAUGGUUGCGGCCAGACGGGCUCUGAAUAGAAAAGCCAAAGGCCAGCUCGAGCCUGCCAUGCCCAAGGACCGUGCUGCGGCUACUAAAGCUGUUGCUACCGACGCUACCGCGAUCGAUGCUACCGUUACCGCUGCUCAUACUACAAUCAAUACUAGCGCGCUUGGGCCGCAGCCGAACGAGAUUAGCCAAGAAGAUCUUGGUGCGGACACGAGCUCAUACGCCUUCACCAUCAGCUGGUCCACACAUGUGGCCAAGAUCCACGUCCAUUGGUGUGAAGUCCGCACCAAAGAGAUCGUGAUCUACCAUAUGAAUGUGGUCGGCUGUUAUCUGAUGACUAGAGAUAAAGAUCUGACGGACUUUCGGAGUCACAUACAUAAUAUUCUCGACUGGGGUGUCGGUCCUAAGCGCAAGAGGGAGUUGAACGAGUUGGAGAGUGAGGUCGCCAAGCACGAGAGCGGAGGUGGUUAG